ACCCAGCGGGCCCGCUCCCGCAGGCCCUCGGGCAGAGUCUGCCCGGGGCUGGUCAGUUGUGGGACAAGUAGCAGGCAGGGCUGGUGAAGGGGUUUCUUCUCCUGGAGGGACGUGAGGAGAAAAAGGACUAGAUAUGUCGUCCCUGAUCAGAAAAGUGAUCAGCACCGCGAAAGCCCCAGGGGCCAUUGGUCCCUACAGUCAAGCAGUGUUAGUGGACAGGACCAUUUACAUCUCUGGACAGAUAGGCAUGGACCCUUCUAGUGGACAGCUUGUACCAGGAGGGAUAGCAGCAGAAACUAAACAAGCUCUCACAAACAUGGGUGAAAUUCUGAAAGCUGCAGGCUGUGACUUCACUAAUGUGGUCAAAGCAACUGUUUUGCUGGCUGACAUGAAUGACUUCAAUACUGUCAAUGAAAUCUACAAACAAUAUUUCAAGAGUAAUUUUCCUGCUAGAGCUGCUUACCAGGUUGCUGCUUUACCCAAAGGAGCACGCAUUGAGAUUGAAGCAGUAGCUAUCCAAGGACCUCUCACAACAGCGAGUCUAUAAGUGGGCGGUGUUACUCUCAUCACGUCUUUAAAAUUAACAUCUUGAUUUUUUGUAAUUGAUGUUGAAAGUAUACGUGUGACUAAAAUAUCUGCAGUUAUCAUGGAAAUACCAUAUCAGAGGGAUUUGAUAUAAAUCGAAUAUAGAUAAUGAAUCUAGUUAUAAAUUACACGUAUGUAUACUCAUUGCUGAAUAUGGGAGAAGGGACACUCAUUACAUAGUCACUCAAGUAAACUGAAGUACAGAGAAAAUAACACAUAGGAUAGAUGAGUUGUUGUUCCUGAAAAAUAAUAAAGAGCAAGCCUAAUUCAGCUAAAUCCUAUUAAUUUAAUGAUUGAAAUAUUUAGUUCUCUUGUUAGAUAUGUGAUUCUGCUUUUACUUAUAACAUACUCAAUCUUGAAUGGUUGAAGUAAAGAAGAAAGUGGACCAAAAUUUUAUAUAGACAAUAUUUUUCAAUGGAAAUAAAAUACACAUGCAGAUUGCCCUAA